AUGGCUUCCCGUGAUUACUACAACGAUAACAACUCGUAUAACGAGGAUGGCCGCCGUGAUGAGGGUCGUAACCAGGGCUACGGCGGAGGUUCCUACGGCCGCGAUGAAGGCCGUAACCAGGGUUACAACAACGAAGGCCGCAACGAAGGCUACGGCGGAGACUCCUACGGCCGCGACGACCGCCGCCACGGCGAGAUGAACGACACCCGCUACGAAGGCAACCACCAAUACAGCGGCGGCGACGACUUCAGCAGCGCGGCCCAGCACGCCCAAUCCCACAACAGCAACGAAGACAGCUCCCUCUUCAGCUCGGCGCUCUCCUUCCUCAACGAGCGCAAGAGCCAAUUCCAAGACCCCUCGCGGAUCGAUGUGGACGAGCAGCAGGCGGUGCAGGCGCACAAUGCCAUGUACAACGGGGGCGGCAACGAGGAGGGUCGCAGCCAUGAUUCUUCGACUGUGGGUGCUGGGGCGGCGAUGCAGGCGCUGAAGAUGUUUACUUCGGGUGGGGCGAGUGAUGGGGGCAUGGAUAAGAAUAAGUUGAUUGGGUUGGCGAUGGCUCAGGCCGGGAAUCUGUGGGAGCAGAAGCAGGGGGCUGGAGCUAGUAUGUCUGGUGAUAAGCAGUCUGCUGUUAACAGUGCUGCGGAGAUGGCUCUCAAGAUGUACAUGAAGAGUCAGGGCGGUGGUAUUGGUGGCACUGGUGGUGCUUCUGGACUGAUGAGCCUGGCUAGCAAGUUCCUGUCCUAA